AUGACCUCUCCCUCCUACUCCGACCACUUCUCCAUCCACAACCUCCCCUACGGCAUCGUCUCCUCACCCUCCCAUCCCACCCCGCAAUGCGUAACCCGCGUCCACAACACCGUCAUCUUCCUCUCCGACCUCCAAUCCGCCGGCCUCUUCUCCUCAAUCCCAUCUCUCCCCGAGAACAUCUUCUCCAACACCACCCUUAACCCCUUCGCCUCCCUCCCCCGAAGCACCCAAACCCAAGUCCGCCAUGUCCUGCAAUCCAUCCUCCAAACCCCCUCCCUCCCCGAAUCCAGCACCGCAGACAUCACCACCGUAACCAUGCAUCUCCCCGUCUCUAUACCUUCUUUCACCGACUACAGCGCCAGCCUCCCCCACAAUCAACACGCGGGGCAAAUCAUCCUAAACCACCCGGCCCCACCCCCAGCAUUCUUCCACUUCCCCAUCGGCUACGCCGGCCGCGCCAGUACCAUCUCCGUCUCCGGCACCCCAGUUACCAGACCAUCAGGGCACUUCUACGACCGAACCGAUCCCUCAUUCCCACAGACAAAGAAAGUCAUCUUCGGGCCAUGUCGCGCACUAGACUACGAGCUCGAACUGGGGAUCAUCAUUGGAAACCCCCUCCCUCGGGGACAGGGCCUCAAGGCCCAAGAUGCGGAAGAGCAUAUCUUUGGGUUGGUAAUGUUGAAUGAUUGGAGUGCACGCGACAUCCAAGGCCUCGAAAUGAUCCCGCUCGGCCCACUAAACGGGAAGAACUUCGCGACUACAAUCUCCCCCUGGAUCGUCACUCUGGAUGCACUGCAGCCGUUUAAGACGCCCGGUCCGGAACCGAGAGUUUCCCUCCCGGCGCAUUUGCAGGAUCCGGGGGAGUUUAACUAUGAUAUUAGUGUUGUGACGGAACUUGAAGCCGGUAGUGGUGGUAGUAGUACUGUGCUGGGACGGGGUAAUGCGAAGGACCUCUUCUGGAGUAUCAGACAGAUGUGUGCGCAUUUGGCGAGUACGGGGUGUGAUUUGCGCACGGGGGAUAUUUUGGGCACGGGGACGGUGAGCGGGGAGGAGGAGGGGUCGUAUGGAUGUCUUUUGGAGGUGACGGAGGGGGGGAAGAAGAGGGUGAAGUUGGAAGGAGGUGUUGGGGAGGAGAGGGGGUAUUUGGUUGAUGGGGAUGUGGUGAGGUUGACGGCUUGGGCUGGAGAGGGGGUUGGGUUUGGGGAGUGUGUGGGGCAGAUAUUGCCUGCGAGGAAUUGA